CUCCUACAUUGUAAUUCACUCCUUAUGGACCGCUUUGUCAUUAAACGACCGCGGCCUGAGCCUCAACUGGACGCUCGAACGAUUCCCGCAUGGUCGCAGGAAGAACGAACGCUUCACGUGGAAUUCGAUGACAACGAACUCACCCACGAUUUACUUGAUCUCCGGAAAAACGCAGAUCGACAGGGCAAUCGAAAGCUAGUGGAUGCUGACCUGGAGAAAAUCACCCCAUUGCUUAUGGAAUUCGGCGCGACAGAGUAUCACAUUGAUCUGAUACUGGACAUUCUUCUCAAGGAUCAGCAUAAACUAACCGACACUGCAGCUCGCAAACUUAUCAAACUCAUGCUGCCGAGGGGAAAGGUGUCUGCUAACCACGCAUUGAAAAUUAUUGCAAGUCUUUCCGGACGAAGACUUAGUGAACGAAUUCAGGCAACGCUCCUGAAAUGGAUCGUUACAAUCUAUGACUUGAUUGACAGCAAAGACAAGGUGGCUAAGUCGUAUGGUAUACUUUUCCACUUUCUUGAUUCUGAGCUACUACGACCGGGCAUUUGCCAUCUACUAUACUAUAUGACUCGACGUGUUCAUGUCAAGUCAUACAGAAUACGACAGCUGAUGCGACAAGUCAGCAAAAGUGGAACAGAUGUCAAUCUUGCUGGCUUAUUUUCAGUUUACAAAGACUUUGAGCCAAGCAUGGUUAUGACUAUUGUCCCUCCAUCUCGGAAAGUUAUCUUCAAGCAUCCUGAUCCAGAGUUGAUGGAGUCUAUCCAAUCUAUACAGGCCCGCUGGAAUGGUCCAUCACUACGAGAGAAUGGACUUUUCAAGCCCGAAAUAAGAGAAAGAACAGCCAAGCGUCGAAAAGUAGACAGGUUCCUUAUACCAAAACCCAAGACCUGGAAUGCUGAUAGGCAUGCUGCUGUCAUUGAAGACAUGACGAGUGCGACGGAAAUGGUGCAACGCAUCACCAAACUUGUCUUGCCAACUGAGCUGGCCUCAAUAUAUGACAGCCGUCUGUUACAGCAUAUAGUUAUGUGGAAUAACGAACCUUCUACUGUGGAGAGGCUUAACCUGUGGUUAGAGCAGUAUCUAGCCGAUCUGCUGUAUGCUCAGGAUCAAGCAACCGACUCACAGCAAGCCUUGGGCGACUUUCUUCAAAAGGUUUUCUCUAUGGCCGAAUUCACCAGGGAACUACUACCCGCUUUCGAAAAGUUCUUGGCACAUUAUCUUUGUAUAUGGAAUGGUCAUGAUCACAAAGAAUUGAUAUUUAAAUUGAUUGCUUUCAUAAAGCCUGCAUCCUUUGACGAUAUCUUUAAGCGAUACCUUCAACCACUUUUCCGACUUUACACCGUAUCUGAUGUAGCAUGGAAGGCUCGGUUAAUUACGACAUACACUGCGUGGUUAAAAAAUUGGGCGUUAUUGGACUGGCGUGGUCAUCAAGAACGACGGACUGUAGGCGAUGCCUCCCAAGACAGAAUUAUCACCCAUUUCGAGGGCCUUCCAUACAAUAUUCAGUACAUUGAAACCAUGGAAGAAUUUGUUCUUCAUAUUGAUAAAAUAAGUGUGCUUGGUCUCCAGAUGGAAGACGGCAACCCUAUUCUACAACACGCCACUCUUUCCUUCUUUGAAGUGGCGUCCUCCCUGCCUACUGACUUCGAUAUACCCCUAAUUACUGUUCCAUCGCACGCUCUGGUUGUUCAACAUUGUCUAUCUACAAAUGGUAUGGCUAUCAGUCGGAUGUGCGGUGUACUACUACAAUACUAUCUAGCACUCCAAGACACCUCGGACGAGAAUGAGGAAUGGAAAGGAGCGUAUACUGAAGAAUACAUCAACAUGUUCAAUUCCAUGGUGACGGACGUGUGCAAUGCAUUGUGGAGAGGCAGAGCACUCAAUAACAAAGAGAACCACGCUAGUGGAUUCAACUUGCCAAGCCAUGUUAUCGACCAAUUGAACACAGUCUGCCAUGAUCGGAAGCAAAACCUUUCUACAGCAUUAUUGAUUACGCAUUCACCGGCCUUAGCAAGCUAUUCCAUGCGGUUCAUGGAGGACAAGGAGAAGAUGGUAAAUUCAACGCGACCACUAAAUGAACCAGUAACAGCUGCUGCUUUGCAGGAGCUUGCAGAGGUAAGUCAGAAUGGCGGUGCUCACAUCACGUACAAAGCGUUCCGAGAACAACUGUUAGACCAACUCGAGAGCAUUGGAUUUGUUGGAAUGAAAGAAUUCUUGUAUGGCACUUUGAAGUCGUUAAGACAGCGAGAAGAGGAGAAAGCAUAGUUUAAAUAUAGGUGUAAAAGGAGAAAUAAAAAAUAAUUUUUUUUUGCCCAGUGAAAAGA